AGUAUUAUUAAAUGUUUUAUUGUUACUUUAAAUGAAACCAAAGGACAUAAAGCGCAACAAGUAAAAGGAAGUGCGUAUUCUAUGUUUUGCAAAAUAAGAUUCGUUGCUUGAGGCCAACACUGCAAUUUGCAAUUGCUUCUACAGAUCACUAUGAACUCGGACGAUCUGGAGGACACUCAUUUGUGCAUCAAGUGCAAUGCCACGAUACUCGGACUCGAAAAGUACAUCGAGCACCGGAAGCGGAACUGUCUCAUGACGGAGAAACCAGUUGUGACCCCCACAACAGGCGGACCGCCAACCACCUCCACUCCCACCCAAGGGUCCCCGACGAUCAUCAGUAGCAGUAACUUGGAUCACACUUACGAUGGCUUCCAUUUCACAGAACCCGAAGCUCCAAGUAGCUACCUCCGCAAAACUACAGCCAGCCAUGGAGGAAAGGCCUCCAAGUCCCUGACCUAUGAUCUGCCCUAUGAACUUGGGGCUGAUCUGUUCUUUUCCUCACUGCAAUUGCAGAGUGUGUCGUCGGGUGGAAAAACGGGCUCUGUGCCCCGCCAGGAGAGAAGCAAAGAGGAGGCCUGGCCAGCGCCCAGAUGCGAUCCUCUGCUGAAAGCACUGAGGGAACAGGAUGAGGCGGUGUUCAAGCCCCUCAACUUUGAUCACGACUCCCCGGAGGCCAGUGAAGACGAGGAGGAUGAGGAGGAGCACGAUGACUUUGAUGCAGAGGAGGAUGAGGAGGAGUACGAUGUGCGACGUCACUCUCCGCCCACUGUGCCCGCCACCCACACGGGUGGCAAGUGGAAACCGGAGCACCGACCGCAGCUCAGACAUACACAUAUAGAACGCGUCUCACCCAGCUGGGAUGAGCCUCCGGAGGAGACCUACACCCAUCCCCCAGCGGAUCAUACGAAGGGCAAAUGGGUUCCGGGUAGCAAACAGUUGGAGUACCGAGAAAACAUUGAUCUAACCAAACUGGACCAGCCCGGUGCCAGCUAUUGGUGCAACAUCUGCUGCAGGCGACUUAAGAGUCGCCUCAACUACGAGCAACACUUGAGGAGUGGCUACCAUGUGAAAAGGGCCGAUGCGGAGUGUCAUCUGGAGCAGGCUACCCUGGGCAGGGAACUCACCUUGAGCAAGGAUUUUGCAGUGGAAAAGUGUGAGGACAAGAAGGAAUCAAAGUCCUCGAAACGACCGCGACGAGCCAAUCUCCUGCGAUGCGAUCUGUGCCGGCACACGAUGGCCAGGCACUUGAUGGGCAAGCAUUUGAUUUCCCAUUAUCAUUACCGAAGGCUUCAGCAGCAGAAUCGGUUGAAGAAGCAAUCUUGUCUGCAGGAAAUCCUCCUCCACAUGGGCAGCAUAGUGAGGCAAUCGCCUUUCCAGUGCCUGCCCUGCAGGUACUACUUCAACACGGAAGAGGCUUUUCUGCACCACUGGCAAUCCCGGGAGCACCUGGAGGUCACUCAAAAUCUAGGGGGCACCUUUUGGUGCGGCUACUGCCAGUACGAGUGUCAAACCAAUGAAAUAAUGUGGCUCCAUUUGCUGCAUCCCUCCCACAAGGAAGUGGUUUUGGCCCUCAACAGAUCGGUUCCCAUUUGUAUAGCCCAAAGAAGGCGUCUUCAGUGCUCCAGUUGUGGCAUGGGAUUCUUGUACAACUUCCAACUACGGCGGCACUUCAGCUCGGAACAUCCAGGUCUUACGCCCUCAGGGAGCGCAACCGAUGAGUACCAGAGUAGGUUCCGAUGUGGGCUAUGUGGUGCUCCUCAGAAAUCCCGUUUGGCUCUGCAGCGACAUGAGAAACAUAAGCACCAUGUGGUCAAGUAUUACUGUGCCAUCUGUCGACUGGAAUUCGACUCGCCCUUAGAGGCGCGACGUCAUCGCAGCCUGAUGCAACAUAAACUUAAGGCCAAGCCUAAAAAGUUGAACUCACAGCCGGAAAAGGAAAUAGAACACAUGCUAAGGGAAGUCCUAGAGGAGGCAGCUCCUAAUCCUCCCGCCAAAAGGACAAAAGUUGUCAGCUUAAAAUGCUUGAGCUGCCGUAAAAUCUUCGACUCACCCCAGAUUCUAGCACAACAUAGAGCUGAAGUUCAUUCGGCGGAUAAUCAUUUGUGUCUGAGCUGCGGAACCAGCUUUCAAUCUGCUCAAGCUUUGGGAAGGCACACCAGGAGCUGUCAGCCUCUGGCCAGCACCAGCACCUCAUCCACUGAUAAUCCAUCUGUAUCCCAAAGUAAGCCCAGCUACUCCUGUGAUCAAUGUAUCUUCCAAUCUCAGUACGAGUCCGAUCUGGUUUACCAUCGCAUUUUCCACACACGAUCCGAAACAAUUGGAAAGAACGAGCUUUUGCAGUGCCCAUUGUGUCCCAAGAGUUUUAAAAAGCACUCUCUUCGAGCUCAUUUAAGAAACCACACAGAUGAAAAGAUUUUUGAGUGCACCGAGUGUCUUCUGAAGUUCGCCAGAAAACACAAUCUAAAGAACCACAUGGCCACCAUGCAUGCUGGAAAGGAAGAUCAGGAGAAGGCCAAAGUGGCCAAGGCGAAGUCUGAAGAUCAACCGAGACCCAAGUAUCAGUGUGGAACCUGUGGGAAAAUCCUGGCCAAAAAGUAUUCCCUGAAACUACACGAGUCGAGCCACUCGAAGGAGGUGGAGCGGCGAUAUCGCUGCCAUUUUCCGGACUGUUCGUAUGCAGGUGUGACUCCGGAAGGCCUCAAAGCCCACCUGAUCUCCCACGCGCAGGGGAGCCACAAGUGUGAGCAGGACAACUGCACCUAUGUGGGAAAGAGCGAGCAGCACCUGAAGCGGCACCUCAAGUCGGCCCAUUCCGGCAAGGAGGAGGGCGGUGCGGAGUGGUUCUCGUGCGACCAGUGCGAGUUCAGGGCCCGCAUCAAGGGCCACCUCCGCCGGCACUCGCUGCGCCACUCCGGACAGAAGCCCCACCAGUGUCCCCACUGCGACUUCCAGUGCAGCACGAUCGACAACCUGCGCAAGCACAUCAUCAAGACGGGCAAGCACCCCGGCAAGUUCAUCUACGAGUGCUCCGAGUGCUCCGACCAGGCGGGCGGCGAGCUCUUCAAGAGCAACAGCUUCAAGGAGUACCAGAAGCACUUGGAGACUCACAAGGCGGUGUGAGCCUUUUCACAACCAUUUGAUUUCUUUAAAAUAAAGCUGAAAACUAACAAUAGACUGGAUUGGCCAAUUUCAAGAAAAUAG